GCACCCAUGUGGGUUCAGUGUUGACUGAGAAAGUUGAAGCUAAACUUCAAACUACGGUCACCGUUUACUUUGAAACGCAGUGUCGUCGCGUUUCACCAUGUCGUCUUUUUUCAUAAAGUCAAAGGAAAAGGGAAAAAAUACAGCUGUGACAAAACGAAAGCAUGAUGGGGACAAAAUGCGAGUUAAGAAACCAAAUUCCAAAUACGACGAAGAGAUUUCCAGCGACUCAGAGACAGAGAGUCCUAUACAGGCCAAGAAGAGGCAGUCCAAUCAAGAUGUUGAAUAUGAUGAGACUCCACAAGAGAAGAAGCUCAGAUUAGCCAAACUUUACCUUGAACAGCUAAAAGAAGAUGAGGAAAAUAAAGCUGAAGAAGAAUCCUUUGAAACGGACCUGGUUGCUGGAAGACUCCAAGAAGAAGUGCUUGAACAGAAGGGAAAACUUCAGCGACUUAUUGCCAAAGAUCUCAUUCCACCAGAUCCUUCAGAGAUCAGGCUGUUAAGAGGACACAAGCUUCCAAUUACCUGUCUGGUGAUUAGCUCUGAUGAGAAGUUCAUCUUUUCUGCUGCUAAAGACUGCUCCAUCAUUAAAUGGGAUGUUGAGAGUGGAAAGAAACUGCACACGAUACCUGGAGGAAGGAAAGGUACGGAGGAUCGCCAUGUUGGACAUACAGCCCACAUCCUGUGUAUGGCCAUAUCAUCAGAUGGAAAAUACUUGGCCACUGGAGACUUGAACAAGCUGAUCAUGAUUUGGGAAGCAGAAACAUGUAAACAUCUGUAUAAAUUCACAGGACACAAAGGGCCUGUAUCGGGUCUCUCGUUCAGAAAGGGAAGUCAUGAUCUUUACAGUGCCUCUCAUGAUCGCUCAGUGAAGGUGUGGAAUGUGGAUGAGAAUGCGUAUGUGGAAACUCUCUUUGGGCAUCAGGAUGCCAUCACAGGACUGGACAGCCUGAGCCGUGAGUGCUGUGUGACUGCAGGAGGACGGGACCGCACUGUGAGGGUGUGGAAGAUAGCAGAGGAGUCUCAGCUAGUGUUCCACGGCCACGAGGGUUCAAUUGAUUGUAUCCAACUCAUAAAUGAGGAGCACAUGAUAACAGGAGCUGAUGAUGGCUCUGUGUCCCUUUGGAGUGUCAACAAGAAGAAGCCUCUCAGUACAGUGAAGCAGGCUCAUGGUUGCCAUGGCGAUGCAGGGCUAGAGCAGCCUCACUGGGUAGCUUCGGUAGCGGCGCUUCAGAACUCCGAUGCUGUAGCCUCAGGUGCCUCUGGCUGUUCCCACAACUCUCAGGUGCAACUGUGGAAGUGUGGGCAGAAUUACCGUGGGCUGCAGCCUCUGUUCAGUGUGCCAGUGUCUGGGUUUGUCAACAGCCUGAAGUUUUCGAGCUCUGGGCAGUUCUUGGUGGCAGGAGUUGGACAGGAGCACAGGUUGGGCCGAUGGUGGAGACUAAAAGAGGCCAAGAAUGGGAUCUACAUUAUUCCUCUUAAAAGGAAACCACCUAAUCCAGAAGAAACCAAGAUUACCAAAUAGUGAACUGUUAAGUUUCUUUUUGUUUUUUUGUAAAUUAAAGGUUUAAAAACA